CAGCCUACGAGCCCCUCCCCCCUUUCUAUACUACACACUCAAUGGUGACAAAGAUGACUUAGUGUUGAAGACAGCUCGCUGUCCGACUUAUGAACCGACUGAAAUACUGCAGCGAGUUGAUAUGAACAAGUUGAGAUCAACAGUCUACUUCUUGGCUGUGAUAAUUUUGGCUCAGGGCAACACAAAUGACAGCCCUCCAUUGAGACUGGUGGGAGGUGAAGGUCCCUACGUGGGAAGAGUGGAGAUAUUCCUAAACAACACCUGGGGAACAAUUUGCGACGAUUUCUUUACCGCCUACGAAGGAGCAGUUGUUUGUAGACAGCUGAACUUCACUGGUGUUCUGGAUGUCGUAAUGCGCUUUGGUGGAGGGAGUGGCCCUAUCUUACUGGAUGAUGUGCACUGCAGCUGUGGUAAUGAGUCAUCACUGCUUGACUGCAAUCACAAGCGAGUCCAUAACUGUGACCACUUUGAAGACGUGGGAAUUGUAUGCAAUACUCACAAUCCUGGGAGGGAAGGAGCAGUCCAGUUGGUGGGAGGGGAAACUCCCUCUCAGUCUGAGGGCAGAGUGGAACUGUUCCACAAUGGAGAGUGGGGUACACUCUGUGAUGUGGACUGGGACAUGAAUGACGCACAUGUGAUGUGCAGAGAGUUGGGAUUCCAAGGUGCCUUGUCAGUAUCGCCCCGAGGGACUUACUCCCCUGGAGUGGGGCGUAUCUGGCCAUACAGGUACAAUUGCACUGGAGAGGAGGACAGGCUCAGUGACUGUGCUGUAACUGUACUUGAUGAGUGCUCGCUAACCGAUUGUUCACAUUCGUAUGAUGUUGGAGUGAUAUGCGUUCCUGUUAUCGUAGGAUUGACAACUACUGGAGACUCAUCCACCAUUCAAGCAACCCCCUCCAAUGAACAAACCUCUACGUCCCCUAACAUCCAAGUGUCAACCCCCUCCAGUGAAGAAACCUCUACACCCCCUAGCAUCCAAGUGUCAACCCCCUCCAAUGAACAAACCUCCACGCCUUCAAGCAUACAAGUGUCAACCCCCUCCAAUGAGAUUUCCACACCCCCUAACAUCCAAAUAGAACUAGUAGCUACAGCAGUAAAUUCAACCUCAACCUCAACACCUGAAUCCACCAGCACUGUACAUGAUCAUUCACCCGCCAUCAUUGUAGCUGUUACUGUGAGCAUUGCUGUCCUACUACUCACAGCUUCAACUGCUACCUUCACUACACUGCUCAUAAUAGCACACAGAAGGCAGAGAAUUCUGAACCUAGUGAAGAGAACCGUCAUGUUUGAAAAUUCAAGUACAACGAAAAUUCUUUUUUAACGUCAAAUGUAAUGCAAACACCGCAAAGUGACAAUAUUAAUGCAAUCAUAACUAUGUGGGUAUAUAAUAGAUAUCAAAUCUGUUCAAUAUGCAAUAAAUAUAAAUGAGUUACUUUUUCCGCCCCCUUC